CGACAGGCUCAGCGCCAGGAGAAUCUACCCCCAGGUUCAGUGCCUCCAACUCUCACCCCAUCCCCAUUUUAUACAUUUUCUCACUGGCUUCCAUCCUUUCAAAGAAAGCCUCUCUGUCUGUCUGUCUGUCUGUCUGCCCCCAUCUCUGUCUCUCCCAUCUCUCUCUGCCUCUUUCUGUCUUCACAAUUUCAUCUCACCAUGUCGCCAUUUCUUAAAACAUUUCUUUUCUCUUUUUCGUUUUCCCAAUUGCCCUGUCCGCCUCUGUCUUCUCUGUCCCCCUUUAUCUAGGUCUCUGUCCCCCCGCCCCCCGGGUCUCUGUCCCCUUCUGUCUCUGAGUCUCUAUCCUCUCAAGGUCUCUGUUCCCCUCUCUCUGGGUCUCUGUCCUCUCUCAAGGUCUCUGUCCCUUUCUCUCUGGAUCAAUGUCCCUUUCCUGCCGCCCUCUCUGGGUCUCUGUCCCCCUCUCUCUCUGGGUCCCUGUCCUGCUUGGUCCCUGUACUUUUUCUCGGGGCACCCUCUCAACACUCCUCCUCCUGCCUAUCUCUGCAUCUUCUUGUCUUUGUGCAGUCUCUGCUUUCCAACCUGCUGUCCAGCCCCCACCGGUAGGUGGGGAGUGGCGGGGAACACCCCUGGUUUCGGAAGAGUGAGAGUGUUGAUUUGGGUGGGUGAGGGUGGGGCCUAGGGGCAGGGCUUCUUGGCCUCAGAUUACACAGUGACUUUGACACGAAGUUGAAGCACCUUAAGCCCUGUAUCUCCUUUAUAUGGAAACAUUAAGCUGCUCUCGCAGGUCAGGUGGAGGAUCCCUUUCCCUCCCGCCCUGCUUUUGCUAGGGGAGGGGACUGCCCCAAGCCUGAGUCGCAGCCAGCCUGGGAGCUGGGCCAUGUUGGCUGCAGAUGGCCCCCUGGUGAAGGUCCCCGUCAGCUUUGGGAAAUAGACACGGGUCUGCCUCACGGGGCUGAGGUGGGACUGGAGGAUUUCGAGGGCAGAGCUCUGGGAAGGAAAGAAAGGCUUAGGACCCAACCAGCAUUCCCCCUGGCACUGUGGGGGCCUGGCCAGCUCAUGGCAUUCCCUGAGCCUGUUCCCCAACUGUGAAAGGGGGUGAUGGUCAUCACCUGCUGGCAUCCUGAGCGGUCAAGGUGAGCAGUGGGGUCUGAGUCCAGUGGGGGCUGUGGGCAUGUCGGGAGCUCAUCGCGAGGCCUCGUACAUACCAGGUGUGUUUGAAACCAGAGUGCUCUUGAGAAGACUGUGGUUUGGCACUCGGGCUGUGGCUCCCAGGAGGCCUGGGUGGGAGGCUAGGUUUUGCCACUCCUCUCCCCACUGGCUGAGAGACCUGCGACAAGGGACUAACCUCAGCCCCAGUUGACUUUUCUGUGAAGAGCCAGGUCCCUUCAUCAAAGGGCUUUGGUGAGAGAUGGGCAAGUGGGGGUGAGAGGCCCAGGCUGGGGCCUGGGGAGCACAGGUCAGUGUCAGUGGCCACCUGCCUCCCCAGCCCACGGGGGUGGUUCCCGAGGAUGGAGUCAGUGCAGAGUGGGGAUCCCCAGGCUGAGGAGGGCUGCAGGUGUAGAUGCUGCAUCCUGAUGUUGACCUCCAGACUGCCCCCUUGGCAACGAGCCUAUUUCCCCUUUUUGGGAGAACAGUCUCUAACAUGCAGGGUUGUCAGGGGCGAGACAGAGUCAAGGUUGGGGUACACUGUGGGCACUGGACACAGCCAGGCUGGUCCCGUCUCACCUCAGUCUUGCCUCUGUCAAGUGGGCCUAAUGAACCCUCGCGAAUGGCCAGGCUGCCCACGUGGUUGUGGGAAGCAGGUGCAGGGCUUUGGGAGACCCAGUUGGUGCCAAACUUGACAUUGUCUCGUGGUCGGUCUUCUUUCCAAAUGGAGUGUGCCAGGCCCUGCCAAGAAGCCCCUGAGGAUCCCCACGUUCCAGCACAAAUUAUUUAACCCCUGGAAUAGUUUGUCCUGAUCCAGCCAGUUCCUGGGAAGUUCCUCACCACAGGGCCAAGCGUUUGGUAACCUUGCAGUGAACCCUGAAGGCAAUGAGGGGUGCGGGUCCAUGCCCAGCCCUUUCCUUUCGUCCACCCUGACAGGCUGCUGCGAUUCCAUUUCUUUUCUUCCUUUAUUUUUUAUUUUUAUUAUUUAUUUAUUUUUUAGAGACAGGGUUUUGCUGUCUUCCCCAGGCUGGUUCUCAAACCCCUGGCCUCACGCAUUCCUCCUGAGUUGGACUCCCAAAAUGCUAGGAUUACAGGUGUGAGCCACCACACCUGCCCUUUUUUUUUUUUUUUUUUUUUUUUAAAGAGAUAGGGUCUUGCUCUGUUGCCCAGGCUGCAGUGCAGUGGUGACAUCAUAGCUCACUGCAGCCUUGAACUCUGGGCUCAAGUGAUCCCCCACCUCAGUCUCCAGAGUAGCUGCAUCACCAUGGCUGGAUAAUUUUUGUUUUUAAGAUAGGGUCUCGCCAUGUUCCCCAAGCUGGUUUCAGACUCCCGGGUUCAAACAAUCCCCCCACCUUGGCCUCCCAGAGUGCUGGGAUUACAGGUGUGAGCCACCACGCCCAGCCCCCAGGCCUCCUGCCUUUCACAGAUGAGAGAGCUGAGGCUCAGGAAAGGAUGCGACCUGUCGUCAAUCACACACCUAGUAAAUGGCUGAGCAAAUUGAGUCUCUGGAAAAAGAAGCCAGAGAUCCCAGGGGACAUGGUGGGUGAGCAACUAAGCCAGGACUGGGCCCUUAUCCAUAUGGUAAGAAGGCCCUUCCUGGUCUUUUAAGAAGUCCCAGUUUCCCAGCCUUACAAUGGAGGAAACUGAGACUCAGAAAGAGUUGCCAAAGAUCAGAGGGUCGGGCAUGAGCCCAUUUCAUUUAUUUUACAAUAGCUUUAUUGAAAUCUAACUCACAUAUCAUAUCAUACACUCCUUACAGGGUACAACUCAGUGGCUUUUAGUGUAUUCACAAUUGUGCAGCCAUCACAAUUUUUUUUUUUAAAGAGUCUUGCUUUGUUGCCCAAGCUGGAGUGCACUAGUGCAAUCUCAGCUCACUGCAACCCCCACCUCCCGGGUUCAAGUGAUUCUCCCACCUCAGCCUCCCGAGUAGCUGGGAUUACAGGCGCGCGCCUGUAAUCACCACACCCGGCUAAUUUUUGUAUUUUUAGUGGAGACGGGGUUUCACCAUGCUGGCCAAGCUGGUCUCGAACUCCUAACCUCAAGUGAUCUGCCUACCUUGGCCUCCCAAAGUCCUGGGAUUACAGGCGCGAGCCACCGCGCCUGGCCAGCAUAAUGUUUUCAAGGGUUAUCCAUAUUGUUGCAUCUAUCAAUACUUCAUUUCUCUUUAUUGUCAAAUACUAUUCAUUGGAUGAAUAUACCACAUUUUAUUUAUUCAUUAGUUGGUUGAUACUUGGGUUUCCACCUUUUGGCUAUUAUGAGUAAUGCUGCUGUGAACAUUUGUGUACAAGUUUUUGCAUCUGUUUUCAUUUCUCUUGGGUACAUAAGUAGGAGUGCAAUUGCUGAGUGAUGUGGUAAUUCUAUGUUUAACCAUUUAAGUAACUGCCAGACUGCUUCCUACAGCAGCUGCAAUUUUUCAUUCCCCCCAGCAGUGUAUGAGGAUGCCAAUUUCUCCACAUUCUCGCCAACACUUUGUUUUUUUUUAUUAUAGCCAUUCUAAGUGGGUGCAAAAUGGUAUUCCUUUGUGGUUUUGAUUUGCAUUUCUCUGAUGGCUAAUGAUGCUGAGCAUCUUUUCAUAUGUUUAUGAGCCAUUUGUAUACCUUCUUUGGAGAAACGUCUGUACAGAUCCUUUGCUCACUUUUUGUGCCUCAGCCUCCAGAGUAGCUGGGACUACAGAUGUGCACCACUAGGCCCGGCUAAUUUUUGGAUUUUUAACAGAGACGGGAUUUUGCCAUGUUGGCCAGGCUGGUCUCAAACUCCUGAGCUCAAGUGAUCCAGCUUCCUUGGCCUCCCAAAGCGUUAGGAUUACAGGCGUGAGCUGCUGCGCCUGGUCCCCUUUGCCCACUUUUAAAUUGGGUUAUUUGGCACCAGCCCACAUCGUGAAACCCUGUCUCUACUAAAAAUACAAAAAUUAGCUGGGAUGGUGGCGUGAGCCUGUAAUUCCAGAUACUCAGGAGGUGGAGGUUGCAGUGAGCUGAGAUUGUGCCACUGCACUCCAGCCUGGGCGACUGAGUGAGACUCCGUCUCAAAAAAAAAAAAAAUGCCGGGGGCGGUGGCUCACGCCUGUAAUCCCAGCACUUUGGGAGGCCGAGACGGGCGGAUCACGAGGUCAGGAGAUCGAGACCAUCCUGGCUAACAUGGUGAAACCCCGUCUCUACUAAAAAUACAAAAAAAAUUAGCCUGGCAUAGUGGUGGGCGCCUGUAGUCCCAGCUACUCAGGAGGCUGAGGCAGGAGAAUGGCGUGAACCCAGGAGGCGGAGCUUGCAGUGAGCCAAGAUCACGCCACUGCACUCCAGCCUGGGCAACUGAGUGAGACUCCGUCUCCAAAAAAAAAAAAAAAAGGUUGGGGGGUGUUAUUUAUCUUUUCAUUAUUGAGUUGCAAGGGCUCUUUAUAUAGUCUAGAUGCAAGUUCCUCAUCAGGUAUAUGAUUUGCAACUACAGUAUCUUCUCCCAUUAGUGGGUUGUCUUUUCCCUUUCUUAAAAAAAUUUUUUGAGACAUGGUCUUUGUCACCCAGGCUAGAUUGCAGUGGUACAGUCAUAACUCACUGCAGCCUCAAACUCCUGGGCUUAAGCAAUCCUCCCACCUCAGCCUUCCAAGUAACUAGGACUACAGGUUUGCAUUACCACAUCUGGCUAAUUUUUAAUCUUUUUGUAGAGCAAGCCCCUUGCUAUGUUGUCCAGGCUGGUCAUGAACUCCUGGGCUCAAAUGAUCCUCCUGCCUCAGCCUCCCAAAGCGCUAGGAUACAGGUGUGUGCCACCUCACCUGGCCUCUCUUCACUUUCUUGAUAGUGUCUUUGGGAUCACAAAAGUUUUUUAGUUCUGGCCGGGUGCAGUGGCACACGCCUGUAAUCCCAGUACUUUGGGAGGCCAAGGCAGGAAGAUCACUUGAGGUCAGGAGUUCAAGACCAGCCUGGCCAACAUGGUGAAACCCCAUCUCCACUAAAAAUACAAAAAUUAGCCAGGCGUGGUGGCACGUGCCUGUAAUCCUGGCUGCUCCGGGAGGCUGAGGCAGGAGAACCCAGGAGACAGAGAUUGCAGUGAGCCAAGAUUGCGCUACUGCACUCCAGUCUAGGUGACAAAGUGGGAGUCCGUCUCAAAAAAAAAAAAAGUUAUUUAGUUCUGAUGCAAUUCAAUUGAUGGAUUUUUUCCUUUUGUUACUUUUUGAACCUGUUUUUGAACCACAGGUGACCUCAGAGCCCUGAGGCAUCUCUCCAUGCUGAGAAGCAGUUACACCUUACGAUUAUGAGCAUGGACUCUGGAACUGGAUGGCUAGCAUUCAAAUCCCAGUUUACUUAGCUGUGGUCUUGGGGAAGUUACUUAAACUUUCUGUGCUUCAGUUUCCUCAUCUAGACAAUGGGGAUAAUGAUGUCUGCCUCAUAGGCUUGCUCUGAGGCUCAAAUAUGUAAAUUCAUGUAAAGUACUUACAACAACCUCCAAACUGUAUAAACAGUAUAAUUGAUAGAACACAAAUUAUGAAUUCAGUACAUAGAUUUAGCACUGUAUAAAUGCAUGCUGUAAUUAUUGUGGCACUUGCUAUAAUAUCGUUAUUGUUAUAGUAUUUUCCAUUGUUAUACAAGUAUCUUCUAUAGUAUUGUUGCUGUUUAUACUGCAUCUUCCAACUUGGAAGGUGAGUAUGGGCCAGGUGGGGUGGCUCAGGCCUGUAAUCCUAGUACUUUGAGAGGUUGAGGAGGGAAGAUCUCUUGAGGCCAGGAGUUUGAGACCAGCCUGGGCAACAGAGUGAGGCCCAUCUCUAUAAAACAAAAAUUAAAUUAAUAAAAAAUUUUUAAAAAGAAGGUGGCUGGCCCGGCGCGGUGGCUCACGCCUGUAAUCCCAGCACUUCGGGAGGCCAAAGUAGGCGGAUCAUGAGGUCAGGAGAUCGAGACCAUCUUGGCCAACAUGGUGAAACCCCGUCUCUACUAAAUUACAAAAACUUAGAUGGGCAUGGUGACCCGUGCCUGUAAUCCCAGCUACUUGGGAGGCUGAGGCAGGCGAAUCACUUGAACCUGGGAGGCAGAGGUUGCAGUGAGCUGAGGUUGUGGUGAGCUGAGAUUGUGCCAUUGCACUCCAGCCUGGCGACAGAGCAAGACUCCGUCUCAAAAAAAAAAAAAAAAAAGAAAAAAUUAAAAAAAAAAAAAAUUACCCAGGCGUGGUGGUGUGCACUUGUAGUCCCAGCUACUCAGGAGGCUGAGACAGGAAAAUCGCUUAAACUUGGGACGUGGAGGUUGCUGUGAGCCAGGAUCAUGUCACUGCACUCCAGCUUGGGCGACAGAGCAAGACUCUGUCUCCAAAAAAAAAAGUGAGUAUCGUUCCACCUACUUGACAGAUGAGGCCACUAAGCCCCACCAGAGAGCAUGCUUGGCCGAUGAGCUCACUCAUUCCUGGUGCCCCUGACGUUUCUGCCGGUUUCUUGUCCCAGCAGGUUGGGGGCGCCUGCCCCCCACUAAGCCAAGUGGAGGGGGUCCCUCCGUCCAAUGGGCCUGGCCAGGGCCCUACGCCGCCUCAGCGGCGCCCUGGAUUCGGGAGACAGCCGGGCGGGCGAUGAAGAGGAGGCCGGGCCCGGGAUGUGCCGCAACGGGUGGGCGCCAGCACCGGUGCAGUCACCCGUGAGCCGGCGCCGCGGUCGCUUCGUCAAGAAAGACGGGCACUGCAACGUGCGCUUCGUGAACCUGGGUGGCCAGGGCGCGCGCUAUCUGAGCGACCUGUUCACCACGUGCGUGGACGUGCGCUGGCGCUGGAUGUGCCUGCUCUUCUCCUGCUCCUUCCUCGCCUCCUGGCUGCUCUUCGGCCUGGCCUUCUGGCUGAUUGCCUCGCUGCACGGCGACCUGGCCGCCCCGCCACCGCCCGCGCCCUGCUUCUCACACGUGGCCAGCUUCCUGGCCGCCUUCCUCUUCGCGCUGGAGACGCAGACGUCCAUCGGCUACGGCGUGCGCAGCGUCACCGAGGAGUGCCCGGCCGCUGUGGCCGCCGUGGUGCUGCAGUGCAUUGCCGGCUGCGUGCUCGACGCCUUCGUCGUGGGUGCUGUCAUGGCCAAGAUGGCCAAACCCAAGAAGCGCAACGAGACGCUGGUCUUCAGCGAGAACGCCGUCGUGGCGCUGCGCGACCACCGCCUCUGCCUCAUGUGGCGCGUCGGCAACCUGCGCCGCAGCCACCUGGUCGAGGCCCACGUGCGUGCCCAGCUGCUGCAGCCCCGUGUGACCCCAGAGGGUGAGUACAUCCCGCUGGACCACCAGGAUGUGGAUGUGGGCUUUGAUGGAGGCACCGAUCGUAUCUUCCUCGUGUCCCCCAUCACCAUCGUCCAUGAGAUCGACUCUGCCAGUCCUCUGUAUGAACUAGGACGUGCGGAGCUGGCCAGGGCUGACUUCGAGCUGGUGGUCAUUCUCGAGGGGAUGGUUGAGGCCACAGCCAUGACCACACAGUGUCGCUCAUCCUACCUCCCUGGUGAACUGCUCUGGGGCCAUCGUUUUGAGCCAGUUCUCUUCCAGCGUGGCUCCCAGUAUGAGGUCGACUAUCGCCACUUCCAUCGCACUUACGAGGUCCCAGGGACACCGGUCUGCAGUGCUAAGGAGCUGGAUGAACGGGCAGAGCAGGCUUCCCACAGCCUCAAGUCUAGUUUCCCCGGCUCUCUGACUGCAUUUUGUUAUGAGAAUGAACUUGCUCUGAGCUGCUGCCAGGAGGAAGAUGAGGACGAUGAGACUGAGGAAGGGAAUGGGGUGGAAACAGAAGAUGGGGCUGCUAGCCCCCGAGUUCUCACACCAACCCUGGCGCUGACCCUGCCUCCAUGAUGCAAACUGAUGUCCCCUUCCCCAUGUGUGCCCCCUUCCCCAAGGUAGCAAGAUGGAGAGAUGGGGCUCUCUCCUGGGAUGGGGGCAGGUGUUCCCAAAUACCGACAGGCCUGCUGGGUAAAUGACUAGGUGGUAAGGUUCUGCCAUGCCUGGUGAUCCACCAUGGACAUACUGGACCUUAAUUCCUCUGCUUCUGUGCUCCCUCCUGAGACCCCUUUAUGAGCCUGAUUCCUGAGUCUCACCAGAAUUCUGGAUCACCCAAGAGGAAAAGACUGGUGGUUCUAGAUUCCUUGAUAUGGGGAGACCUGGAUUGUUGACCAGGGUGAGAAGCCAAUGGUAUAGACUGCCUCUGGGGAAGCAAGUUGGCAGUUCUUGAACAGCAUCAGAUAUCAAGAGUUUGUAGGUCUGGAUUCACCUAAGAUUCAAGGGAGUGUUGCUUUUCAACUCAGCCAACUGAGUAGCGAAUCAUUUGUUCUAGACCACCUAAGGAGGGAAGGUUAUGAAAUGCCCCAAGUAUUCAAGAUCAUCUUGAUUGACCAAAGACAAAAAAAAAAAAAAAAAAAAGACCUGUGGUUCCAGAAAGCUCAUUAGUUGAGAUUCUGUGAGUCUAGGUUGACCACAGAGGCAAGCACUGGUGAUUCUAGGACAGAUUUUAUCUGGAGAGUUGAACUACUCCAGAAACUAAAGAGUAAUGUUUCUAGAAUGCACAAAACAUUGUUAGUCUGUGGGUUUACAAAGACUGAAGUGACAGAUUAAGAGUUCUUGAUAUUAGAUAACUCCAACUUCUGGCUGUAGAGCACCCAGCCAAGAGAAUAAGCAAUGCUUUGAAAGGAUCCACGGGGUGGGUUGUUGUUUUUUUUUUUUAAGUGCCAUUCUAGAAUGUCCAAAGGGAAUCAGGAUUCUGUGGCUAUAGACUGAUCACAGAAUCAAGGAAGCAGUGGCAAUUCUAGAUAUCUGAGAUUUUGCUGGUUCCAGUUUGCCCAAUGGAGUUGAGAAUCUCAAUGAUUCUAGGUGACUUCUUGUGGUUCUGUAAUGCCAAAAGGAAUGAAGGCUCCAGGGAUACAGAGUUGUCCAUUACCAAAGCCUGGAAGUUCUCAUCCCCUCCAGGUGGACUGCUUGGCAGUGCUAGGAGGUGGACUCAGGACUUGAGAAGCAACAUUUCUGGGCUGACCUAGAAGGUGAAGGUGAAGGUGAGACCCUGUAGGGCACAGGGCUAAUUAGUGGACAAGGGAAGGGGGAGGCCCAGGACUGGUGAGUCUAGAAUGCUCUGGAACCCUACACCUAGUGAUGUGUGUCUAUUUCUUUUUUUCUUUUCUUUUUUUUUUUUUGAGACCGAGUCUUACUCUGCCGCCCAGGCUGGAGUGCAAUGGCGUGAUCUCAGCUCACUGCAACCUCCGCCUCCCGGCUUCAAGUGUUUCUCCUGCCUCAGUCUCCCGAGUCGCUGGGAUUACAGGCAUGAGCCACUAUGCCUGGCUAAUUUUUGUAUUUUUAGUAGAGACGGGGUUUUGCCAUGUUGACCAGGUUGGUCUUGAACUCCCAACCUCAGAUGAUCCACCUGCCUCGGUCUCCCGAAGUGCUGGGAUUACAGGUGUAAGCCAGCAUGCCCAGCCGUGUGUCUGUUUCUUAAAGAUAUUAUACAUAUGUAUAUUAUAUAUAUGUAAUAUAAAUACA